UUUGCCUGUUGCCCAUGUCCUCAUCAUAAACUUAUAAAGGUCUUGGUAUGUUUUGGGGAGUCCAGGCCAUGACUCUUUGCUUGUUUCUACCCUGACUUAGCUUGCAUUAAGCUUGUUUUUGUGUCUGUGUCUGUGUGCGAGCGCGUGAGCAGGUAGGAGGAGGAGAUUCUCAAUGGAAGCUUUACAUGGAACUGGAGAAGCAUUCACAGUAACAAAGUCUAAGCCUGUUGUCGUCUCUCCUACAAUGAAGAAUUAUGAUGGGUUCUAUUAUUUGUCGCCUAUAGAUGAGUUGAUGAUAGGUCCUCUUGAUAUUUUAUUUUGCUUCGAGAUGCAUGAUGGGACGAGAAGGACAGAGAAUCUUUGUGAAACAAUCAAACAAGCGUUGGCUAAGGUUCUGGUUCAUUUCUAUCCAUUUGCAGGGAGACUUGUAAAGGGUUCAGAUGACAAUUUUAUGGUGAAAUGCACAGGAGAAGGUGUUUCAUUUGUUGAAGCAGCUGCAAAUUGUGACCUUCGUGAGUUGGGUGAAUUUACAACCCUUAAUCUCCCAAAACAAAGAGAACUUGUUUAUGCUUCCAAUGAAUCAAACGAUCCUUUCCAUAUACCACUGCUUGUGGUGCAGGUUCUAAUUAUCCAAGUUAACCCGGAGACAAAAAGGAACACGAGAGACCGAAGGAAGGAUCCUAAAGAACCACUUCCCUACUCUAACAACUACAACAACUUCAAAAGAAAAACAUUCCAAGAAAGCAGUCACCUGUGCCUACUCCUAGUAACUCUGGUCGACGGACGAGCGUGAGAACAUGAUGAAACAGAGUUAGGCUUCUUCCCACUUGGAUUGGGAGGAAACACCCAGAUCCCCGUGACGUUUCUUUGUGGCAAUGGGAGGACUCACCCUAUCUAAAUGAACAUCUUCAGAUGGAACACAUUUCUAUAGGGGCAUCCAACAUGCUAAUGGAACAGCCAAUUCUGUUUUCACAUUGAAGAACCCCGGAAAGCUCACUAGAUACGGACAAAGCCUUAACAAGGGGCAAUCCAGGUGAAGAAGAUUGGGAAACAAUGAUGGAUCAGGUUCAUGUAAGGGAAUGUUCUCGUACAUUCCUAGUCCAUAGAUUUAGAAUCUAUUAAUUAAAGAGAGAGAAAAUUGAUUUUAAAUCAAUGGAUUAGGAACGUUCUUAUACAUUUUCAUACAUGAACCUGAUCCACUCUCGCUUAUGGGCAUUAAUGCCCACUUGACAAAACAGAUACACAUGCCCUUCUAGUUCAUUAUCACUGCUAGGGUCGUUGGGCACACUAUGUUCAACGUCCAUGAAGAGCCCAUCUAUGCUUGCACUACCUUGCUGCUCUAAGUCCACUAUAGGAUCCACAAUAGGCUCCAACAUAUCAGAGUGAAGGCACAAGCCGAGCCCAACUCUAGU